GCCUUACUCCCGGCCACCUUUGCGCUGCGCGCCUGCGCCGUCAUCCCCGUGGUUCGGGACCCCGGAGCUGCCGGCCUGUGCGCGCGCGCCCUCGCCCCUGUUGCGCGUGGUGUCACCUUGGGCGCGAGCGGGGCCGCGCGUGCACGGGACCGGGUGUCCAGGGCCAUCGAGUAGCGAUGGCGGCGACGGCGAGUCCCGGGGCCGGCGGGAUGGACGGGAAACCCCGUACGUCCCCUAAGUCAGUCAAGUUCCUGUUUGGGGGCCUGGCCGGGAUGGGAGCUACAGUUUUUGUACAACCCCUGGACCUGGUGAAGAACCGGAUGCAGCUGAGCGGGGAAGGAGCCAAAACGCGGGAGUACAAAACCAGCUUCCAUGCCCUUACCAGUAUCCUUAAGGCAGAAGGGCUGAGGGGCAUUUACACCGGGUUGUCAGCUGGCCUACUGCGCCAGGCCACUUACACCACCACUCGCCUUGGCAUUUAUACUGUGCUGUUUGAACGCCUGACUGGGGCUGAUGGUACACCUCCUGGCUUUCUGCUGAAGGCCCUGAUUGGCAUGACUGCAGGUGCAACUGGUGCCUUUGUGGGAACACCAGCUGAGGUGGCUCUUAUUCGCAUGACUGCCGAUGGCCGGCUCCCAGCUGACCAACGCCGUGGCUACAAAAAUGUGUUUAAUGCCCUGAUUCGAAUCGCUCGGGAGGAGGGGGUCCCCACACUAUGGAGGGGCUGCAUCCCCACCAUGGCUCGGGCGGUCGUCGUCAAUGCUGCCCAGCUCGCCUCUUACUCCCAGUCUAAGCAGUUCUUACUGGACUCAGGUUACUUCUCUGACAACAUCUUGUUGCACUUCUGUGCCAGCAUGAUCAGUGGCCUGGUCACUACUGCUGCCUCCAUGCCCGUGGACAUUGUCAAGACCCGGAUCCAGAACAUGCGAAUGAUUGACGGGAAGCCGGAAUACAAAAACGGCCUGGAUGUGCUGGCGAAGGUCGUGCGCUACGAGGGCUUCUUCAGCCUGUGGAAGGGCUUUACACCGUACUAUGCCCGCCUGGGCCCCCACACCGUCCUCACCUUCAUCUUCUUGGAGCAGAUGAACAAGGCCUACAAGCGUCUUUUCCUCAGUGGCUGAGGCAGGCGAGGGGCCUGGAGCCACUGUGCUGGGCUCCCACUCGCCUGCUGCUCCUACAGUCAGUGUGCCCUGGGGGGCCUGGACUGCUGCCCUGGGCCCCUCUAUUUAUUUUCCCUCCACAGUGUGGUUCCUUCCUCUGCCGUAAAGGAGUUUGGUCUGCCCUACCCCUGCUCCAGCUCACCCUGCUUGUCCUGAUCCUCAUGACCUCUCUGUCCCUGGCUGUGCCUUGGAGGAAGCUGAGAAACUCCCUGAGAAUUUCCAGCCUUCUCUUGGGUGUUAGUUUCAGGACACAUAGGACAGCAGAAGAUUCCCCUUCUCAGUAGGGAAACCAAGGCAGAGCUGAGGGACUAGAGAGAGCGGAAGCUGUCAAGAUGGUCAGAGGGUCUGCAGUGAGAGGACAUAAUAAAUUGGAUUUCCUCUACUUCACUGAGGACAUCAUCAUUGGCUGGAUAACACUACCCCCAAAUUUGAAGAGUUGUGAGGGCUGGAGGGGGAGGAGACUGGACAAAGAAGCGAUGCCCCUGGAGAACAGAAACUGGAGUUUUUAAGAAAAACUAUUAAAGAAAAAGCACCUGCUGGUUUUAUGAAAACGCGAUGUCAAUCAGUCUCAUUGUGGCAGCUGCCUGGGUGAGGGAAACCAAAACCCAGGCACUGUGUCUUGCUUCCCAGCCACUUGCCCAAGAAUGCGACAGACGCACAAGUCAGCACAAGUCGGCUCACAUAAUCCCCAGGAGAGCCUCGGAUCUGGUGACUGCUUCUGUGGCCUAAAGAGGGAGGGAAUAAAGAGUAUGAGAAGAGAA